AUGAGUAAUUUCAAUGAUGAUCGUAACCAUGAUAAUGAUAAUUUUUAUCCAUUUGGAAAUUUUGAUCAUGGAUCGAGUCAAAGCAACUUCAACAAAAAAAUAUUGUUAACCGCAAUAUGUUCUUUAAUACUAGUAUUGGUUUUGGUGUUGGCUCUUCAUCUUUACGCCAGGUAUGUUCUCAAACGCCAAGCUCGCCGGAGAGCCGCCAUUCAUCAACUCAGCCUCACCGUUGCUCAUGCUCACGUUCAAUUCGCCGAUCCAUCAAACUCCGGACUAGAUCCCGCGCUCAUUGCCACUCUUCCCACUUUCCUCUUCAAACAAAAAGAAAAACUAGAUGAAGAACAAAACAACAAUGUUUCUAAUACCAUUGUUGAAUGUGCAGUGUGUUUGAGUUUGUUAGAAGAUGGAGAAAUGAUGAGGCUGCUUCCUAAUUGUAAGCAUAGUUUCCACGUGAGUUGUAUCGAUAUGUGGUUAGCUUCACAUUCCACCUGUCCUAUUUGUCGAACCAAGGUUGAACCUCGCCUUGAACCAGAGACGCGCGAGGGUCCCACUUGGUUUAAACCAUCAUCGGAAAGUACUUCCGAUGCUGCUGAUUCUAUUAACGAGUCUCCCAAGAAUAUUUCUCGAUUAAGUUCUUUUCAGAGGAUUCUUACUAGAGAUAGAUCUUCGAGAAGAGUUCGACCUUCUUAUGGUACUCAUGUUGAUAAUAUUAAUGAUCCUGAUUUAGAGAGACAGUGA